AUGCUGCCUGUGGUCCGGGCUGUGGAGGGAGGAUCAGGCACGGUCCAGUGCACCUUCAGCGCGAACAUCCGCGAUGAGGGCUUCAACAAAGCCCUGACCGAGGCAGCGAGGUUAGAUCCCCCGGGCCCGCUCUUCGAGCUCCUCAAGUCGGGCAUCCAGGACCUGGCGUCGCGGAGCUUCGACGUGGAGACCUUUGACCGCCUGCGCCGGGACUUGGCUGUCCCGGGCUGGGAUGACGAGACUCUUGCUGCCGUCUGUGGAACUGCAGAAUGUCCUAGAACUUUGGCGCAGGAGGUCGACGUGGACCCGAAAGGUGCACGGAGACUACCCAAGGAUGCCGGCAACGUGCUGUUGCAGGCGUUCGUGGGUCAUGACGUCAAGACUGGUAGCGACCGGGUCUUCGUGGAAGCCACAGGUCCCUGGCACAGGGUCACGUGGCUGGAGACGAGCAUGAUGCAGGUGAUAUACGAGACAUUCUUCAGACUACGGAUGCGAGAGAGGUACGGCAGCGAGGACAGCGUCUGGUACAGUCGCUGGCUCGCCGAGGCCUACCUCCGGUGUGCAAGGAGCGUCCUCGCCGCCCAGGAGUCCAAGAUGCGAGGUGUGAUCAUGACAGGAAGGCGGACGGGCGCCCUGCCUCUCAUGAUGUUGCAGGGGAUGUUCAUUCUGAACAGCUUCCGGGACCCGGAAGGCAAGUCCCUGUGCCUCGGCACAUCCUCUGUCACAGCGCACUACUGGCUGAAGGAUGCCGGAGUUCCGCCAGAGUUGCUGCCGGUUCCGGCAGGAACCCACGCGCACGAGCUCUCCAUGGUUUGCUCCGCUGUACUCGCAGACGUCGAUGACGCCGCAGGCCUGCCGAUGUCGCAGGCUGUGGGGCACGCGCUGUACUUCUUAUGCUCCAGGCCUCAGGGCGACGUGCGCGAUGCCGCCCGCAAGGCGCUGAUGCCCAUGCUCCCAGACACGCUGGGCACUCGAAGCUUCCUAAGGACUGUGUCGCAGCUGACGGUUCCGCAGGGCCCCCACAAGGGAGAGCCGCUGCUGAGCGUCAUCGGCGCCGCACGGCAGGACUCCGGCAGUCUCGAGGCCUUUGCUGCCGUCGUGAAAGAGUUCGGCUUCAAAGGCGGGCUGAUGGCCUCUGAAGUAGAAGUGCCGCAGAACUUGCUUGACGCAAGUGCGCUGGGGUAUACGACUUUUGGCGCCGGUGGCUUCUUCGGAGACUCUGAGAAGGCCUGGGACAAGAACGGUUCCAACAUCAGCAUGGCCAUCAAGGUCCUCGUGGUCCAUGUCAAUGGCGAACGCACCGCCGUGGAUCCUGUGAAGACAGGAGAUCCAAGCAAAGGCGGCGAGGGGAAGUUCGAAGCAGAUGGGCUCAUGUCUGUUGAGAGGUUAGACGCUCUCAAAGCAAGGACAAAGCUCAUGCAGGAGGCCGAGGCCAAGCUGCCAGUGGCAGAGCUUCAGGCGCUCUUCGAGCGGACGUGCUGCCGCUUCCGGGUCGCGUCAUAG